GUUUUACAUGCCUACUUUCAAUCUAGAGGGUAGAGAUGAGAGUUCACACCCCAUUGACAAAUGAUGAUGAAAGGAAAAAAAAAUUGUAAAGAUGAAAAAUCCUAACCGUUAAAACAAGGAAAUCUGAUCCAUCCUUCUCACAAAAUAGUCAAAAACCCCGUAUUGUUUACUCACUUGCAAACCUUCCAGUUCCAUCCCUCCUUUCGCCCCCAACAAAACCCUUAUCAUCUUUCCUUCUCAGUUCUCCCGACUUUCUCUCUCUACAACCCUAUCUUUCUCUCUCCUCAUCAAUCUAAUUGGUGACAGAAAAACGAGAGAGAGGUUUUGAAUUUGUUUACAUUAGGUUUAGAUCGUAAUACAAAUUAAGGAUGGAUUCAGAUCAAGGGAAAUUGUUUGUAGGUGGGAUUUCAUGGGAAACGGAUGAAGAAAAGCUUAAAGAAUAUUUUGGGCAGUAUGGAGAUGUUUAUCAGGCUAAUAUUAUGAGAGAUAAAACAACUGGUAGACCUAGAGGUUUUGGAUUUGUUCUUUUUUCAGAUCCUUCUGUUGUUGAUAGAGUUCUUCAGGAUAAACAUACCAUCGAUGGUAGAACGGUCGAGGCUAAGCGAGCAAUGUCAAGAGAAGAUCAGCAGAACUCUGGAAGAGGAAACAAUGGUGGUAGAGACGUAGGUGGAGGAAACAUUAGAACCAAGAAGAUAUUUGUUGGAGGAUUACCUCCUACUUUAACUGACGAAGGGUUUCGGCAGUACUUUGAGAACUAUGGUAGUGUAACUGAUGUGGUUAUUAUGUAUGAUCAGAAUACAAAUAGACCCCGUGGUUUUGGAUUCAUUUCUUUUGACAACGAGGAUGCAGUAGAUAGAGUUUUACAGAAUACCUUCCAUGAUUUAAACGGGAAGCAAGUUGAGGUUAAGCGUGCUCUACCCAAGGACGCCAACCCUGGUAUGGGCAACCGUGGGGGUGGUGGUGGUUAUAAUUCUGGUGGUGACCAGAAUGCUUAUGAUAACAGGAUGGGUUCUAAUAGAUAUAUGCAGGGUCAAAAUGCAGGUGGUGCUUUUCCACCGUAUAGUUCUGGCUAUGGUGCAGCGGGUUAUGGAUAUGCGCCUGCUAAUGCUGGCAUGGGCUAUGGUGCGUAUCCUGGAUAUGGAGGCCCUGCCAGUGCAGUGUAUGGGAAUCCAAAUGCUCAAAGGAGUUCAUGGAAUGCACAGGCAGCUUCUGGUUAUGGUGCAGCUGGUUAUGGAAAUGCAGGUCCUUGGGGUGCUGCUGGUGCAGGUAAUGGUGGCCCGACUGGUCAAUCUCCCAGUGUAGGCUCUGGGUAUGGGAGUCAAGCUUAUGGAUAUGGGGGUUACGGCGGUGGUGAUGGAUAUGGUAACGGAGGUAAUCGUUCUGGUGGGGCCACCGGUAACAAUGGAUCUGGUGGUGCAGGAGAGAGGCAAGGGGGCUAUAGUAGUGGAUAUGGUGAUGCUAAUGGUCAUGGUGGAUAUGGUGCUGGUGGUUAUGGGACUCAGGCCGGUUCACAAAUGGGUUACAAUAGUGGAUAUGGUGGUGCCUAAAAUUGACAAGCUCAGUAGCUUAAUUAUCUUGGACCCUGGAAGUUUGUUUUCCAAGUGAUGAGGGAAUCCUCUUUCUGUCUCAAGCAUGCUGCUGUAUGGUUGGCUUGUUGAUUUCCUGUAGUUCACCUUAUUGUUCUUGAUGGUCUUUUUUUAAACAAUUUGUUUAUCAGAGUACUAGCUGUUCAUUUUAUUGUCGUUUUGAGUUUAGUUAUGUAUUUGGUGUGCUGAUUGUUGUUUAUUUGCUAUUACUGCUGCUCUAUUACUGUCCUUAAGUGUCUAGGCUGUAUAAGCUUAUAUUGAUCUGUUUCUUUGGUUGCUUUCUA